AUGUAUCCGCAUAAGUUGAGAGGCGAUAAAAUUGAUCCACAAUUUGAUUUUGUUGGUUCAGUAGCUAAUCGUUCAUCAUUAAGUGUUUAUAGCAAGGUACCAUCAAUCCAUCAUGCUAACAUAAAUGCAUCCCAGGGUAGAGUUUUCUCUAACGAGUUAUUCAAAAAUAAGGUUAAAAGAGAGAGUGUUUUGUAUCCCAAACCUGAAGAACUAAACGAGAGAACAGUUCCUCUACCGAUGCCCAAGAAAAGAGGUAGUAAACAUAAAACAGGUUUACUCUCUAAGCUUGGCAAGAGAAUAAGUACAUUCGGUUCUAUUAUUGAAAGGGAACACAAACCUCAGAAGAGAAGUGUGUCUGCUAAUGAUAUUGCCACUUUCAACGAAUUUGUUCAUUCGAAUUGUAUACACCCUGAGCCAGUAGAAGAUAAAAUAUCAAUCAUUGAAGACAUGGAAAAUCUAGAAAUUAAAGGUGAGAAUGAAAUGGAAGAACAGGACAAAGAAAAGACCGUCUAUACAAAGGACAACCAAAUAUUUGUUAAUUUCUCUAAUAACUCUGCAUCCUCUUUUAUAUCGGAGAUUAUCAAUACAUAUUCCCAAAUGGAUGCACAAUCCAUCAGAGAGUUUACAAUGGAGGAAUGCUUUAGGUCACCAAAGAUUUCGUUGCCAGAAAGUAUAGUAAAGAGACAGUCUACACUAUCUGGGUACGGAUCUUCGAAAAUCACGGAGCAAGAUGAACUGUUUUCCAAGGCACCAAGUUCAUCAUUCUCAAGAUCUUCGGAAGAGUUAGUAGAAACGGAAGGGCACAAUUUUAAUGAAUACCAACCGUUGGUAACUAAGAAUUAUAACAAAGAAUUACCUCUAACACCGAGUAGAAGAAUCGAUCAAUUCCAAAUACGUGAUUAUAGCUCAAAUAAAAACUCAGUUAUAACAGAUACCUCCGUUCCUCCUCGUGUUCCCAAGCAUGAAAUUCUUAUGAAAAGUCAAUACCCGACACCCCCAGAAACUCCAUAUUUUGACUGUCGUGAGAGUUUCUCUGAUACUCCUCCUUCGCCCAAGAAAAAGUCAAUUGAGAUACCUACAGAUACUGAUGUUUUCACCAGAAAGAGUAAGGCAUAUAAGGGUUUGAUCGACAGACCUUUGAGCAAAGAAAAGGCUAGAAUAUCAUCGAGCCAAUAUUUACAAAAUGUGGGCAUAAGUCCAUUCAUGUUAACAGGAUACCAGGAGUCUAGUACAUUAAAGGUUAUGAAUCCUUAA